AUGUUUCGCAGCACCACCAUUCUAGCAUUGCUCAGUGUCACCCAAGCACACACAGUCGCCUGGACCAAAGGCAUGUACUGCCUGGGAGGACCCGAUCUAUCCACCGAAGACCUCAACACAAACACUGCAGUGGCGCCCUUAUACGACCUUGCCAAGGAGGACUGGUGGUUCCAACACGACCGAGGAUGCGAUGUAGCGCCUCCCGCAGAAGGUGACAUUCUCGAACUUCCCGCUGGCGGGAAGUUCACCGUAGAGCUAGCCCAUAACCGGGCACAGACGACUCUUUCCUAUGAUGGGCAAUUCACUUCUGCCUGGCCAGAUGGAAAAGAUCACCCUGAAGACUGGUCCGGACCAGGAAACCCCCCAGACUGUAUCCAGGACGAUGGUGCGAUGCAUACCAACAACCAAUCCACUGCUGCCGGUACUGCAUUUGCUAUCAGCUACCAGUCGAAUAUGGCCGAUGUCACUAUCGAGAACCUGGCGGUCUUCACAGUUUUGGAGCAUACACCUUGGAAACGCAUCGCUACCUACGAAGUUCCUGCAGAUCUGCCCCCUUGUCCCGAGGGAGGAUGCACUUGUGCUUGGCUCUGGGCCCCGAAUGGAUGUGGACAGCCGAAUAUGUAUAUGGCCGGCUACAAAUGCAAUGUCACCGGGUCAAGUUCGACAAAGAAGAUCGCUUCUGCUAAGGCCGCCACAUAUUGCGAGGACGAUACGACAAAGUGUGUUGCGGGUGCAAAGCAAAUGAUCGCAUUCAAUCGUAUGAAAUCCAGGUCUUCGCCGACAUUUGAGAACAUCGCUGAUUGCAUCAAAUAG